UGGGCGAAAAGCGCGAACCGAAAGAUUCGAGUCGUGCUGUUGAUGGCAAGACCCUUACAGAUGUGAUUUCUGAGUGGAUCCAGGAUCAUUGGCAGUGCCAAUGAUACUGCGAAAUAACACGCUCGAAUUAUUCAUUCUCGAAGCACAUGUGCAUCGCACGCGAUGCGCCAAACAUUCUUCGAUCAUCCUUGGCAGAUUCCAAUGCUGCAAGUAUGUCCCCAUUUCUCGCGCUGAUUGCCGAAAGAGGCAUCCUGACAGCACAAUGCUCAAUAUGUGAGACAUGCCGGGCUACGGGCCGAUGCAAAGGAUUCAUUGCCGAAUGCCUUGAUCUGUGUGGUAUUUCACGCGUCGAAGAGACAAAAUGUCCGGUCGCUCGUGGAACUUGAGGCAUACGGCUGCCCUCUGAUCUCCAACAAGAUGCUGCACUUUGUGCUUGCUGCGCUGCUAAGCGGCGCUCAGGCGCAAUCGCUCGUUCCCGCAUACGGCAUUAGCGCAGAUGCUUCCAACUCAUGUCUAAGACGAAGUGUGUUCGUCUAUACUAGCGCGUCGUCGACAUACGUGGUCACGAAUCUGGGGUCGACGAGCCUGGCAGCCACGCCUUCGUUCUGCAGCAAUGCUACAACUACGACUUCUACCGUCUACGGAUCUGUCUCGAUAUCGACAGUUACGCUGAAUGGCAGUGAUCAAACAAUCACUACAGCGCUGCCGGCGUCGACAAUCACCAUCAUUCAACAGCCUACAGACAGCCCACAGUUGCCUGCGAAUCAGACUAUCAACUUCGAUGCUGAUUCUGCAGCCUAUCAGACUUCAGCGUCUGGGCCUCAAGUUUCUGCAGAGGUUGUUACAGCUGGGCCAUUGCAGCCAUACAGGGGAGACAACUACCUUCUCAUCACUUUUGGCUCCACCGGAGCAACUGCUGUCAAGCGACAAACUAGUCAGCCACAAGCCUACAAUGUCACGCAGCUGUUCUCUGCUGUAGCGGGCAAGACCUACACACUCAACGCAUAUGCUUCGGAAGCGCAGAACGGAGAUGCGGCACCAGAGUGUUUCCUCUCCAUCUGUGCCGGAAGCACCUGCAGUCAAGCCUUCGAUUUGACCUCAAGCUACGCCUUGUACUCUUACCAGUGGACGGCACCUGGCGCGAACGCGAAUGCUCUAGCGACGUUCAGUGUCCAGUGUUCAGGACCAGCAUACAUCGCUCUGGACGACAUUUCUGUCGCCACUAGUUCGCAGCCUGCGCCUGCGACCCAGACUGUAACGCAAUAUGUCACACAGACCAGAGAUGCAGUGACGGAGACUCAAGAUGGUUCGUCUCUGGUCUACGAGACAGUGACCGCUAUUACGACAGCUCGAGAUACGGUCACUGCUUACACUCUGUCCCUUUCAGUUCAAAAAGCUAGCACAUCAACGACAACAGAAUACACCACUGUGCGAGAGACUACGACAUUAAGCCAGCCUCAAAGUGUGGUGUAUGAGACGGUGACUGCUACUUCGCUGGCACUCGUGACGGAAACAGCCUUCAGUCUUUCGAUAGUCAGUCUGAACGCAAGCACUUCGACGACCACGGAGGUCACCACUGUUCAACAGACUACCACACUAAGUCAAGCGCCAUCAAUCGUCAUCGAGACAGUCACUGCCACUACGACUGCUAUAGUAACAGAGACUUCGCUCUCGUUCCCAUUGGCAAGCACCCAUACAACAACCGAGAUUGCCACGCUUCAGCUUACGGCGACCGAGACGUAUCCUUUGACACUGCCACGAGAGACAUAUACGCCGUUCGCAGAGACGAGUCUCUUGACGAUGACCCUUGAGCCAUCAACUGUCACGGCAACGCGAGUCGUGACGCCACCAGCUGUCACGGAAACGGUAACCUCGACUCUGCCCAGAGACACCACAACACUUCCUGCAGUGACCACGACUCAAAGUGCGCCAUCUCUGCUGCCUACGACAUGUCCACUAGCUGGAUGUGGUCGCCAGUCGACAUUCGCUGGACUUUCUGGCAUCACGCGCGAACAGUGCCAGGCAAGUUGUGCUUCCACCACAGGAUGUGUGUCAUUCCAAUACGGAAGCCAGAGACAAGGGGUAUAUGAUUGCUAUCGGUUCAGCGUACCUGUCUCGCAAGCUCGUAUUCCUACAUACCCAAGCGAUUCCAACUAUGCCAUUUGCUCUCAGUACUUUUGGUAUGAAGCAGACGGAACUUGCGCGCAACCGCCAACUUCGACUGCAGUGCGAACUACGACCUUGCCCGCCUCUACCAUCACAUCCACAACGACCGAAUACGUGGAUCAUGGCUACGAAUCUAUUUGUCCGACACCGCUGGUCACCGCCAUUGUCGCGCCAGGAACCACCAGCAGCUACCAGCCUCUUUGCAACAGAAUCUUCUACGCCUACAUUCGCACAACUUCCACUUCGACCAACCUGGCCAACGGGGCUACAUCCACGUACCUUGUCGGUAUCGGGACUCCAGCCGUCACGCCUGCGACAGACGCAUCAGCGUGCUAUCGACAAUGCACUCCCAUCACUACUGCGGGUUCUACGUGGCCGUGCUUAUACGCCAACUGGUACACGUCGAGUUACAGCUCCUCUACUUCCACGAUGACUGCGAGUUAUUGCAGUAGGGGUUAUGGCACACUCAUGUAUACGUACUCUUUCAACUCGGAGUAUUAUAACCAGAACAAUAAUUACUGGAGUACGUCGUAUGUGGCAUAUGUGCCGGCCACGGCUACAGCGAGGCCGACGCCUGCUUGAACGGGAGUUGGGUAUAUUGGUGGUGAAAUUGAUCGUUGGAUCACGGGGGAUAGUAGUCUCUGCUUUAUGUUGCAAUGGAGGGGUACACACCCGGUCAAUGUCUUGAAGUUCCUCGGAGAAAGGCUAGCAGAUGCUUUCGUCCGGAGUAUGGCUGUACAUGGCUGGAGGUGCUGCUGUGCCUCCAUGCGCCGUCGCAUAUGCGGGGAGAGUUUCUCAACGAUGGGAAGGUCCAAUUUUAGACUAGUGAUCCAUAGACUAUUGCGCUCUAUUAGGCUCUUCAGCUCAGAUUCUGCCAUAUAUGGAAGAAUUCUAGAAAUUCUUGAGC